GCCGGGAAAUGCUGCUUGGGCUGCCAUCGAAUUCCACGUUCCAAAGCUCCUGGAGAUGGGAGACGUUCCUGUCAAAGCGGGAGAUGAAAAGCUGAUUUCUUACAUCCCUGGAAUGGAGCUAAGAUCGCAAGACAUUCCACUCUUCAUGCACGACGGAGAAUUCCAGAAAGUCGGGGAAGAACAAUCACUGUAUCGCUCCAAGAGGAUCACACUGGAUUCUUGGUUUCUGAUAAACUCUGUCCACGACAUCGAGCCGCGAAUUUUCGAAGCGAUGAGGGAAGGAUUCGGGGAGAAUUUCGUGCCGGUUGGACCAUUGUUUCCUCUCAAGGGAGAGGCGAUCGAUUCGACUGGAUUGCAAGAGGUAAACCUGAGAACUCCGGAUGAAUCUUGUCUUCCAUGGCUAGACGAGCGUGAUCGUGGCUCGGUCCUCUAUGUUUCGUUUGGAAGCCUCUCCUUCAUGACUGCCAAGCAAUUCGAGGAGAUCGCGCUGGGAUUGGAGGCAAGCAAUGUUCCUUUCCUCUGGGUGAUACGAUCAAACUCGAUUCUUGGCAUGGACGAGGAGUUCUACAAAGGUUUCAUGAGCAGGACUGGCGGGAGAGGAUUGUUCGUGAGCUGGGCGCCGCAGCUAGAGAUCUUGCAGCACGAAUCAACAGGGGCUUUUCUCACUCACUGCGGAUGGAACUCCAUGCUCGAGAGCUUGGCGUGUGGAGUGCCAAUGCUGGGGUGGCCAUCUAUGUUUGAGCAAAACACGAAUGCCAAGCUGGUGCUGGAAGGCGAGGGCACGGGAAUAGCAUUCUCGAGAUCUGGAGGGAAGGAUGGAUUUGCGCCGAGAGAAGAGGUGGAAGAGAAAGUGAGGGCGAUCAUGGAGGGAGAGCAAGGCAGGAGAUUGAAAGCCAGGGCGAUGGAGAUUCGAGCAUUGGCUGUCAAGGCUGCUUCUCCCGGAGGUCCUUCUCAUGCGAACCUCAAGAAAUUCGUGGAGAGCCUUGCCUUGUAAAGAAGAUCUUCACUCAUUCAUUCAAAGAAGUUUAAGAUGCGGCUAA